CGGCACCAGGUUCUACGGAAAGUUUCUCGUCUGCGACCACUGCCGUGCCCACGGCCUGCCAUGUAACGAAGCUCCCAUCUGCGACCAGUGCCAGAUCACGCAAACGGCAUGCAUCCAUCGGCUUUGCGAGUUGUCCCCCAACAGCAAAGCAGACUGUCCGAUGCCCGAGUGUAGGUACGCGCAUAGGGAUUACCUGCCUCUCCCCACUGAGCCGUACGUGCGGGCGGAUUAUGUGAUCCUACCUGGCCGGCUGACGGAGUAUCUGGGUUUUGGACGAGCGGAGCGGCAGGAGUUUCCGGAGAUGGGGGCAUGGGAGUGGGCGCGGUGGGAGUGGGAUGUAAGGCAAAGACAGCGGGAUGCGAGGAGAGACUUGGAUCGGCGGGUUUACAAAGGGGAAGGCACGCUGGAGGAGUUGGGGCGUUUUUGCGGCGAAGACUGUUCGGAGCCGCGAUAGUGUGAAGGCUGAUUGCGGUGCUAGAGUGGAUGGAUGCGGCUGAGGUUCGUGGCACAAGUGCACCGCAGGCUGGCGAGCGAAACAGUCCUUCAAAUGGCUUCGCGUUGCGCAGUUGAGUGACUAGCUC